AUGGCAGAUGCAUCAGUGUUGGGGUUAGCCUAUAUUCUACUGCAAGAAGAAGAGGAAGAAGAAAUAUUGUUGGUUAAGUUCAAAAAGAAUGAAAAUCCACAUCCAUUGUACCUAUCAAGAUGCCAAGAGGGGUUUCAAAAGAUUUUAAUUCAGAGACAUCUUCUGCAGGACGACUCAAUGUUCAGAAAGUUUUUUCGUUUGAAUAGAGUCCAGUUUGAUUACAUAUUAUCAUUUGGAGAAAGCUUCGCUUCUUUGUCAUUUGCAUUCCGAAUACCAGCAAGUUAUAUAAGUUGUAUUAUCAAGGAAGUAUUAGAAGUAUGCAGUGCAAGACUUCCAGCUGAAUUCAUGCCAACUCCUACUACUCAAGACCUCCUCUUACUGUCGAAGGCCUUUGAAGAAUUAUGGAAUUUUCCCAAUUGUAUAUUGGCAGUAGAUGGAAAACAUGUACGGAUUUCUUGUCCAGCAAGUAGUGGAUCCCAAUUUUUUAAUUACAAAGAGUACUUUUCAAUAGUUUUGCUAGCUUUUGUAGAUGCUAAUUAUAAGUUUGUUAUGGUUGACAUUGGUUCCUACGGACGCGAAGGAGACAGUGGUAUUUUAGAAAAAUCUAACUUAGGGGGGCUAAUCAGAAAUGAACAGUUCUAUCCUCCACCAAGGACUGUAGGUACAAAAGAGCUUCCUUAUGUUAUAGUAGGUGAUGAAGCCUUUAAACUUUCAAUGCAUUUAAUGAAACCUUUCACAAGACCAGAAGCUCGUACUAAUAAAAGAAAAGCUGUUUUCAACUACAGACUGUCUCGUGCAAGAAGAGUAUCGGAAAAUUCCUUUGCAUUACUGUCUCAAGUUUUUCGUGUUUUUUAUACCCCAAUAGCAGUCAACCCAGGGGUCACAGACAAGUUAAUAUUGACUGCCUGUUGCCUGCACAAUAUGCUACGCGAUGCGUACCUUGAAGAAAAUGGCCAGUGUUAUUUUGAGCUCUCCAACUCGGAACCAUUACCAUCACAAAAUAUGAUUCCUUUGCGUGCUGGAGGUGGCUUUGGUAACCUUGAAGGUUUUGACAUAAGAGACCGUUUUUGUGACUACUUUAAUAGCAAAAGUGGAUCCGUACAUUGGCAAAUGACACACGUCAACAAGACAGACGAACAAUUAAAGAGGAAAAGAAAACCCUAUUAAAGGGAUGUAACUUUUGUGUUCAUAAACAUAAGUCAAAUGUACUUUAUACUUACUGUAAAUAAAUAAGCAAAUAUAAUACUUUACCUGGUAAUUUCAUUUUCAUGCCAA